UGGUUAUUAUUUCUCUUUGUAUUUUUCUGUAUGGUUUGGAUUUUUAAAGUGAAUGUAUAUCAAUUUAAUAGAAGCAAAAUAUUUUAAGAAAAAGUAAUGACAUAUUCCAAUUUCUCAGGCCCCAUUUUUGAAAACGAUGUCCACCAAUUUUAUGACCCGAUGAAAUGAAAAUGUAGAUAAACAAUUAGCAUCUUUAAAAUAAGGAUGAGAUAUUGACUGUUAUUCAAAUGUCUUUUGGAUUUAGUAACACCCAUGCUAUUACUUCACUAUCACUUGAAAGUUAUUUCUAUUUUUUAGUCCCUCCAGUAUUUCUAAAACAACUUUGUUUCUUUUUGUUUUUAAUAAGCAAGUCCAAAUAUCUUGCUUUCACUAAAGCACGUGGGGCAGUUUAAAUUAGUUUAAAGUAGCGCAGUUCUUGAACGGUUCUAUUUCAUCCUGGUUGAGCAUCUUCUCGUGGGCAAAACAUUCGUUUAUUUCAACCACUUAUUUCAGGGUUUUCCAAAAACCUUAGGAAAUCACCUGAGGCACUUUUUAUUAAAAUAAGAAUUCUGGUUCCCACACUAGAGCUACUGAAUCAGGCUGGUGGGGUGGGGGGUGAUGCUUCUGGUCCACACGUCUCAGUUCUUUUUGAAUUCCUCUCUCUGCCCCUGCAGUCUGGUUUUUAAUCUCUUCUUUGCAAAAUGCUUGGUUCCAAGAAGGUACCUGUUUCCAGGCUCAGUGUUUAUCAAUCACCCCCAAAUUUGUUUUUGUUGUUGUUGUUGUUUAAUUUUAAAGCAUGCCUUUACACUGAAACUGGUAGAUUCUUUAAAAUGCAACUUUGAUCUCCCCUUGACCAUCGUCUGACCGCAAAAGGAUUAGACAACUGUGGAUUGUUCCAUUAUGCCUGCAGGGAACAUGAGAACUUCAAGGAAUUAUAUGUCACACAAAAGAAACCACAUUUAAUGUGACUGAAAGAUGGAGGUUAGAAGGUCAGAAAGUUGACUUUCCAGUUUAUGUUCCCAGGGCAUGAACUAAUCAAAAUGGCUAUGGAAUCUUGUGAUAAAACUGAGAGUGAUCUUUUGUUUCUCAUCUGUCUUCUUGUUUUGCCUUUAGGAAGCCUCUUUUCUCAUUUUCCUUGGAACAGAUGAACAGAUUAUUUGCAGAGAAGGAAGAAAGGCAGAGGGGAGAGUCUACGUCUUCAAGAAGCUAAGGGACAGAGUCUUGACAUGGCCUGGAAAGCAUUCAGAAUUAACCCCAGCAGGUCAAAUGUUCACCCAGGGCACAACUGGGAAGAAACAAAAGAAAACUCAAUGUGCCGUCAAAGAGCCGCUUCAUUUUUCUAGCAAGUGACCCGCCAGGAAAGGUCCAAGGAAGCUCUCCCUUGGCAACAGCCCUGAAUUUCCAGAAACUCUUCUAAACCCUGAUGGUCAGCUCCAGCUUCUGCCCGGUCAUCAGACUUACUGGCGAGUCUUCAUUCCAGGGAAAUGCACAUGGCGGUGGUGGCAGCGGGCGUGGUGCUGCUCCUCAGCAUGGGGUCGACCUCAGAAGCUCUCUGCUCCCCCAACAUUUUUUACAGAGGCUGCUGGAUCCGUCGCUUCCCAGGUCUGCUAAUUGACCUGGAGGAGUCUCAGAAGCUGGGCGCCCAGUUCUUGAAGUAUUAUUCCGAGAGCACUGGUCAGAAAUGCAGCCGGAGCUGCUGUCUGAGGAAGGAUGUUUCCUGUAACUUGGCUGUCUUCUUCCACGACCCCAUUCAUGACAAUGUCAACUGUCUGCAUGUCCACUGCCCAACCCUGGACAGCUGCAUAUUGGAGCCUGGAACCAGUGCCAUUUUAUACAACAUAACAGACGGUAUAGAUCCAGACUUGCUGGUGUUUGAACAGUCACUGCCCACAUAUCUAAAUACUCGUUCUUCCUCCAAUACGUGGGAGAGACUAAGGAUUCUAAAAACUAUGAAUUUAGAUAAACAACAAGCCACCGAGAUACACCAAAUGCUACCGUCAAUGGAGGCUCCAUCGUCAACCACACGUCAAGAUUUGGUCGCAAACACCACCACCACCAGGUAUUCAAAGGAAUUAACCACAGACUCCUGGGCAAGAUUCAUUUCCCUGAACGACGCCACUACCGCAAAAGUAAAUGUGGUGUCACCCAGUACUGAGUUCAUCGGCAAUCCAGAUAACAAGACUGUUUCUCCUUUCUUUGUGCCCAUAGACACAAAACUGUCUCAUAUGCCUAUUCCAUCCCGACUCAACAGCAGCAAACAACUACUGAACAAAACCAAAGGGUACAGCAGCAGAAACCAGACAGCUGAGAGUGAGGACCCAGCAGCUGACGGGGCGCCUGGGACGUCCGCGACGUGGCUGGUUCCUGUGGCCCUCGGCACCUCUGUCGUCUUUCUCUGCUGUUGUGUGGUCAUCCUGGUAUCUGGGUUCUGUCGAAGGCGGCAGGGCCAGUACAAACCAGGACAGAGAAAGUCGGGAUCCAGGCAGAUUAAAAAAUGUACCAUUCUGAAGGAGAGAUCCUGAGAGUAAAAGAUGGGAGCAGUGUAGCUUUCAAGAGUAUCAUUUUUAGUUUUCCGUAAGACGAGGGCAGUUUGGUUUAAAAAAAAAAAAAAGCACAGAUGCCCAUUCAUACCAAUCUCUAAAAGGCCCAUGUUUGAUAUUUUUAUUUAUUUUUUUGAAUAGUGCACACUUUGCCAGAGUUCCAAAAUUCUGACCCCUGCAGUGAUUUAGCACCAUGUGGGUACAGCUCUGAGUGCUGUACAUGUAUAAAUUUGUUGAAUCCUUACAACUCUGAGUUAGCUAUACUAUUACUAACCAUGAUACUGUUACCAUCCCAUUUUACAGACAAAGAAACUGAGGAGCAGAGAGGCUAAGUUUCUGCCUAAGCUCACACGGCUAGGAUGUAGGGAAGCCAGGACUUAGGAGACAAUCUGGUUCAAAAGUCCAGGCUUGAAAUCACUGUUGGACUAAAAGCCUCCAUUUCCCUAAUAAGCAUGGAAAAAAGAUACAGGAAGACACUGUAACAUCAUACUUGUCUCCCAUCAAGGUCAAAUUAUUGUCACAUACGUUAAUGAAAUCUUUUAGUGGUUUAAGCAAAAAAACAUUCUAACCAAUUAUAGUUACUAACCUAUGAGCAAAAGUUUGCUGAUUUUUACUUAAUUUUCUGUGUUCAAUUGAUGAGUUUUUCUCAAUCCUAAUCCAUCAUCUUUUUUCUAAAAUUGGCCUGGCUUUCAGUAAUUAUGGCACUGAGAUCUUUGAGUUUUCUGUUGACUUCUGCUGAAUAAACCUUGGCAGUUUAGUUCACA